GCUUUUGGCGGUACCGUGCGGUUAGCGUGGAGGCACCUCACCUGUGGGUUGUGAGACGGGGGAAUUGGGUUUCCUCUUUGCGCAGGAAGCGCAAAUGAGCCUUUCCCUUUCACGUUCUCUCGUAAUAGGGCAAAGAGGGAGUGGCGUUCAGGGUUAGCGGUUUCUAGAGCAGACCGUUAAGUCCGGGCCCUGGUGCUCCUCUUCCCGCGCUUUUAUCUGCCCACCGGGAUAAUCCCGCCUUGUGCACCUUUCCUUACAGCUGGAUUCGCUUGUCUGAUUUUGGGGUCACGUUAGCCCGCGUUGCCGCGUACCCCGGGGAGGGAGGAGGACGCUUUACUUGAAAGGUGUAAAGACGGACUGAUUGAGGAGGAAGGGCGCAGUCAUCCUACGUGAACGUUCCAGAAGGAAAUCUCACAUUUCACUUUUCACCACCUCCCCGGUUCCGGUGCAAAAUGAAACAUUCAUGAAAGCAAAGAUUGCCUUGAUUAACAUUUUAGAUUUUCAUAAGGUGUGGAGAUUCAGAGGUCUUUUAGAAAUGACAGCUUUGCACAAACCUAAUGGAAUACAUCCUGGAGCGCCAUAAUUUGUCUCAUAAAUGCCACAGCAGGUGGAUUUGACAAGCAGGAGGUAGAUGGCAUCCGUCCGUGUCAAUUCUUCAACCCCCUUUUAGUGCUGAUCCUGCAGCGGUUUGACCCUUUUGUUUUGAAGAAUACUUGUUCUCUGGGAUUGAGUUGUCACUACGUAUCUAACUCGGGUUUAUUUUCAUUGACGCUGGUUUGAGUCUUGUAGAAAUGAUUGUGCAUGCUUUGGUUGUCCUUGAAGCACAAGGAAGGCCUUGUCUUCUGCACACUUUGGUGACUCCACCUGAAAGCCCCCUUCAGGCACUGAAAAUGCUGUAGUCAAACUAACACCCGGCUGUGGAAACGCGUGUAGUCGUUCUCUGUUUAUCCUAAUUCCUUCACGUUGUGCUGGUUACCUUCAUUAUGUUACAAAAAGUCAGGUUAUUUUAUUAUUUAUUUUCUGUUGACUGCUUCUUGACUGUUUCCACUGGAGAACCACUCGAGAAGAGUGUGAAUUGCUGCAGUGGGUGUCCCCUGGGCAUGGGACAAAGCACGAAAAUUACUGGAACCAAUUACGGAGUUCGGAAGACCUUAAAGAGACUUUAUCCAGGUGAUCCCAAUCUAAGGGAGGUUAUGGGGGGAAGCCAGUGUUCCAACCCUGCCAGGGUUACCACUCUGACAACUGGUUUGAGCAACAGCACAGUGGUUCCUCCCGUUCUGUCUACAGCUGUGGCUGUGCAGCAGAUGGAAAUGGACUCAACCUUUCUGUGCAGGAGACCUCUGGACGCCCAGCUGAAACUCUGGUCACGCCUAAGGUAUCCUUCCCUGAAAUGAUUUCUGGAUCAUCCUUGUGCCCAACAUGGAAGCUUCUUUUUCCUGUCUUCAUGCCUCCAGAUGCUCCCAUUCAAAUUCCCACAGCAAAAUGGCUUUUGCUCCCUAUUUUAAUACCAGAGAGUAAAAGCUGAUGACCGAAGAAAUCAGGCAAACAAUUUAAGCCAUUACUACCUUCCAAAAACAAAAUCCUCAGCUAAUGAUGUUUAUGCCUAAAUUCUUACUACUAAAGUUUGGAUUAUCAUUCAAUUGAUUUUACUCUUAAAAUAGGACUGGAGGUAGUUUUGUUUUGCAAUAGCAGAAAACAUUGACAUGCUUUUAAAAGAUAUUCUAGUAUUUGGGUUACUAAAGUAAGCUAUUUCUGAAAUCACACAGAGGGACUAGAAUAAGGAAGGGCAAGCUUCCCCUAGCCUUUUCCCCAUCCCUUCCCUCUCUUCCAUCUCCUCCCCACUUAGAAGAAAGUCCUGUUCAAAUGCAUCUACGUCCUCUAGAUUUUUCCCUUCUACUAUUCCUAAAUCAGCAUGAUUGGGCUUUAAUUCAUUUUAGGGAGUCGGGGAGACUUGAGCAAAA